AUGCAGUCCUUCUUCCUACGACGCCCGCGAAUUGUUGUCGACGUCGACAUUCAAGUGGAAGGCUGCUACAACCUGCCCGAAUCCCACGGGCGCCCCAUUAGCUGUGCUUGGACGUAUGCGGAUGGUCGUCGCGGCGACAGCCCCAGCGCAACCAUUGUCGAGCAAUGCGUCAAGUGGCCGUCGUGGCGCAUAUCCCUGCCUCGCUGCGAGCUACCCAUCGGCCAGGACGCUGUCGUCGCCAGUCGCUGCGUCUGCUUGAGCGUGCGUCAAGAGACGUCGAGUAGCCGUCGCCACACCCGUCUCGGUGUCGUGUCCAUCGACGUCGCCGACUUUGCCGGACGGCUCGGCGCUUCGUCGCGCCGGUACCUCUUGCAAAACUCGAGUCUCAACUCGACACUCCACGUACUCGUGCACACGAAGCAAGUCGACGGCGAUGUGCUCCUCAAAACGAAUCGUCGCAUCGAGGCAGCCGCGGCCGUUGUGUUGCCAUCGCGCCUUCGCCGACGGUCGCUGGACCGCCACGUCGCCUUCGGCCCACUCCGAUCCCUGAAACGAACGGAGCUUGGUGUAGAUCGCGACGCCAACGCGCUCGAUGCACGUGGUGUGCAUGCGAUCGUGUCCGACAUUUUACGCACCUCGGAGGAGCUCCGGAGCCGUCAUCUUCCCUCCAAGUAA